AUGUACCUGAUCACUGUGUUUGGAAACCUGCUCAUCAUCCUGGCCAUCAUCUCAGAUUCCCACCUCCACACCCCCAUGUACUUCUUCCUCUCCAACCUGUCCUUUGUAGACAUCUGUUUUAUCUCCACCACCAUCCCAAAGAUGCUGCUGAAUAUAAUAACUCAAACCAAAGUCAUUACCUAUGAAGACUGCCUCACCCAGAUGUAUUUUUUCCUACUCUUUGUACAGUUGGACAACUUCCUUCUGACUGUGAUGUCCUAUGACCGCCUCAUAGCCAUCUGCCACCCCCUUCACUACACAGUCAUCAUGAACCCUGUUCUCUGUGGACUGCUGGUACUGAUAUCAUGGCUAAUAGUUGUCUCCUUGUUUUAUUGUACAGGCUUAGGAGUGUACCUUAGCUCUGCUGCUACCCACAGCUCACACUCAAGUGCAACAGCCUCGGUGAUGUACACUGUGGUCACACCCAUGCUGAACCCCUUCAUCUACAGCCUGAGAAAUAAAGACAUAAAGAGAUCUCUAAGAAGAUUCUUCGGGAUGGCAACUAUAAAAGGGCCAAUUGUCCUGGGGCUGAGGAAGUGUCAGUUAUUACAGCACUCAAAGCAUUAG